AUGAUGUGGGCACCUGUUCUGCUAACUGUGCUGGGCACAGCCGCGGCACACCCUAUCGCGAAACGAACAACGGCCGCCGAGUGGACCUCCCUGGGCUGUAUCGCCGACUCGGAGGAGCGUGUACUCAGAUUCAAGGUUCCCCUCACCACGGACAACAGCCCCGACGUCUGCGUUGACGCAUGUGCUAGCAGAGGGUUCACCUAUGCCGGUCUGCAGUUCGGUGUCGAGUGCUGGUGCGACGACGUGCGCCACGAAGGAGAGCAAGUCGAUUCCGGAAAAUGCGACUGGGACUGCCCCGAACACGCCGAGUCCAAGUGUGGCGCCAUCUACCACAUGAACAUGUAUGCGGCCAAGGACGCCGCUAGCAAGCCCAGAGCAGAGGAAAGAGCGACCAACUAUGGCCCAGCAGAGCACGUCGGAUGCUACCGCGAUGCGUCGAAUCGCGUCCUGCCCCACGCGUACUGGUCGGAAGGAGCGAUGACACCCGAGGCAUGCGUCGACCACUGCCGGUCCAGUGGCUUCAAGAUGGCUGGUCUCGAGGAUGGAAGGCAGUGCUUCUGCGGAGACAGCUAUGGCACGGCGGGCGGCGUCGAUGGGUGUAAAACACCCUGCAGUGGGGACGCAUCCAAGACGUGCGGUGGGCGAUGGGAGCUGGAUAUCUGGAGGACGGGCGUGACCGAUGGACAGGGCAACAACGGCAAUGGCAACAACAACGGCAAUGGCAACAACAACGGCAAUGGCAACAACAACAGCAACAACGGCAACAAAGAUGAGCAGAAGGAUGAUCACAAGGACGUGAACGUCUCCAGUGGCGCCACAAACGCUGUUCAGAGCCAGGACAAGGCCAUCGUCUCGUCGAACGCCGCGACGCUCAUCAACGCGAACAAGCCUUCCAUCGCCGGCAACGGGGAGAAGUUCCUCUGGGCGCACCACAUGGUCGGCAACACGCAUUCGUACAACAAGGACAAGUGGACGAAGGACAUCCAGGGCGCCCUCGAUGCUGGCUUUGAUGGUUUCGUCUUGAAUAUGGGCCGGGACGACUGGCAGCCCAAAUCAAUCGAAUACGCCUACCAGGCUGCACAGGGCAAGAACUUUAGGCUCUUCUUCAGCUUCGACAUGACAUCGUUCCCGUGCGCCUCGACCGGUGACGCCGACCGCAUCGCGGAUCUCACGGCCAAGUACGCAGGCAACUCGGCUCAGGCCAAGUACAAGAACAAGGUGCUCGUGAGCACGUUUGCAGGCGAGAACUGCCAGUUUGGCAAGGGCUCGGUGCAGGACGGCUGGAAGUACUACCGUGAGCAGGUCAAGAAGAAGAAUGUCGACAUCCACUUUAUGCCCGCGCACUUUGCCAAGCCUGACACGUUCGGGGGCUCCAACUGGUUCGACGGCGUCAUGAACUGGAACGGGCAGUGGCCGGCCUCGAACGCGAACCCGACCCUCGACAGCGACAACCAGUACCUCUCCGCGCUGGGUGGGAAGAGCUACAUGGCGGGAAUCUCGCCCUUCUUCUUCACGUACUACGGCAAGGACUCGUGGAACAAGAACUGGAUCUACCGGUCCGACGACUGGCUCCUCGCCACGCGCUGGGAACAGCUCCUCUCGAUCCGCAACAAGUUUGACCACCUCCAGUUUGUGAGCUGGAACGACUGGGGAGAGUCACACUACGUCGCGCAGCCGGGCGACCCGCAGGACCAGCCCAAGUCGCAGGGCUGGACCGACAACAUGCCGCACACCGGCCUCUCGAGUCUGAUCAAGUACUACGCCGAGGCGUGGAAGAAGGGCUCGUUCCCCGCCCCGAACGACCAGAUCUGGGUCUGGUCCCGCCCGCAUCCCAAGAACGCAAAGCCGAGUGCGCCGACAAACCCGCGCCCGGACCACGCCGACUGGACCGACGACAACGCGUAUGCGCUCGUCCUGCUUGCGGAGGCUUCCGAGGUUGUGCUCGAGAGCGGCGGGAACAAGGCGACGUUCAAGCUCGACAAGGGCAUGAACAAGAUUGCGGUGGCGAGCGCCGAGGGUGCGGUCAAGGUCACGGUCAAGCGCGGCGGCAAGGAUGUCAAGAAGCUCGACACGAGUGGCAAAUUCAGCUACACCAAGACACCCAAGGACUACAACUUCAACUACUACGUGCAGAACGCGUAG